CAUAGGGCAUCUACAUCGACAAUUGAAUAUGUUUCUCGUUCUUUCCCCUCGCUUUGCAGAUUAAGCGACUCAAAACCGAUACGCAUUAUUGAGCGGUAGUUUGGGAAUCUCGACUUUUUGCUUUUCGUUCCCCGUUUACCCCGGCAUGGCCCGCGGCUUCAAAUCCCCUGCUGCUCAAGUACCACUGCCUAAAGUGUCAUUUGUUGUCGUUCAGGAUGAUGAUAUCAAUCAACCUGCUGGGGUGCACGACCUUCAAGCCAGAUCUUACGGAUACAAUGACUUCGCCGAAUUCUUGAAGCCGGAUCAUUACAUUCGGCACAUUGAGCCUCUCGAGAAAGAUCUCGCUAUUCAGGUUGAAUAUGACAUGGACGACCAAGAUCAGGAAUGGCUUGACGCGGUGAACAUUGAAAGGAAGAAGGAUCAACUAAAUGUGGUCUCGUACGAGACCUUUGAGAUUAUCAUGGAUCGCCUGGAGAAAGAGUACUUCGAUUUGACCAAGAAUAUACCUAAAUCUGAUUAUGCCAUGCCUUCUGAGGAUUCAACUUGCGCUAUUUGUGACGAUUCUGAGGGAGAAAAUAGUAAUGCUAUUGUAUUUUGCGACGGUUGCAACCUGGCUGUUCAUCAAGAUUGUUAUGGAGUACCAUACAUACCUGAAGGCCAGUGGUUAUGUCGCAAGUGCACGGUCUCGCCGGAGAAUCCAGUGUCAUGCAUACUAUGCCCCAACGAAGGGGGAGCGUUCAAACAAACGGUCUUCGGUGACUGGGCCCAUCUUCUGUGUGCCAUUUGGAUACCCGAGACGCGGGUGGCAAACGAGGUAUUCAUGGAGCCUAUCACCGGAUCUGACAAAAUUCCGAAGCAACGUUGGAAAUUGAAAUGUUCAAUAUGUGGCAUUCGCGAGGGUGCAUGCAUUCAAUGCACGAAGAACUCAUGCUUCCUGGCCUUCCAUACAACCUGCGCCCGUAAGGAAAGGUUACUCAUGCCCAUGAAGAGCUCGCAGGGAUCUGAACCUGGGACACUGGCGUGCUAUUGUGAGAAGCACCUUCCCAAAGAACAGCAAGAUGCUCGCCUCAAAGCUCUUGCACAAGAUGGCCAGAUGGCCAGUCCCAAUUCCAAGCUGUCUAAGUCUGCCCGUGCAUAUGCCAAGACUUACAAGACCGGUCCACCGCUUGUGCCUCAUAUCAUCGUCGAACGCAUCUUGAAUUACAUCACCAAGGUCAAUGUGCGCAAGAAAAACGAAUUUGUAUACAUGGUGUGUAAAUACUGGAGCUUGAAGCGUGAGGCGAGGCGAGGGGCACCACUGUUGAAGAGACUACAUCUCGAACCAUGGACAGCGUCAAACGCAGGAAAGGUGCAGACGGAAGAAGAGAAGACUGUGAAACUAGAGCAUUUGAAGCUUUUGCGCAAAGAUCUUGAGUCUGUCCGCGAUUUGACGCUACAAACUCGCAGGCGCGAGAGCCGGAAGCUUGCCCAGACUGAGAGCAUCCAGAAAGUGCUCGAGAUUGCACUUUUCCCUCACGAAACACCACUGCAGCUUGCAUUUGAGAAGGUCCUUGCUCUUGAUCGCCACGGUCUCUUCAAGCAUCCCGUGUCGAGGACUGAGGUCCCUGACUACUAUGACGUCGUGAAAAAGCCCAUGACCUGGGAUGCCAUUGAUGCGAAGCUCGACCGUCACGAGUACUGGGACCUCGAGGAUUUCAAGAGUGACGUCGAGUUAGUGUUGUCUAAUGCAAUUUUGUACAACAAGCCUGGCACAUCGUUUUACAAGACUGCUCAAAGAAUGCAAAUUAGCAGUCAACCCAUCCUUCAGGAACUCACUCCCCUCGCCUAUAGUCACUCGCCCCUCGCGACCCCUGACCCCUCCGACCCCUCCGUUCUCUCCCAGACGUCCAUAGGAGAUCUUGAGCCUUUGAUAGAGACACUCCAGUUACUUACGUCAACUCAAGACAUUCAGGAUGACAUCAAUCUUAUUCUUGACGCUGAUCCCCUCUCGUCACUCUUCAGUUUCGAACUUCCACACAUCAAGCCUCCACCGCCUCCUCCCCCAGCUCCAUCUCCCCCGCCACCUGCCAAGCCCAAGGUGUCCAAAAAGAAGCGUCUGCUCAAGUCCAGUGAACCCGGUAUUCUGGACUCCUCUCCAGGUUUCCGUGCCCCGCGAACCCGCCGAGCUCUUGCAGCAGCUGCAGCAUUCGAGGCUGAGGCUGGCUUCGAACCCGAAUCUCAAUCUACCGCCGAAUACGAAACUGGAACAACCCCUGCAACUGAGGCCGAUCAGAGUGUAUCUACUGAACCACCGAAGAAACGACGCCGGCAGAGCACAAUGCCUGGACAAGCAGAAACGCCACCCAUGGUCACGGAUGUCGACAGUCAGGGGUUAUUCAAAAUGUUCGAUGCAGGAUGGAUUUUACCGUCGGGACAGAGAAGGGGUGGACGCCAGCCUAUGGAGAGGGCCCCGCUUCCACCGAAGAAAAAGAAGAUGGAUCGUGGGACGUCAAGAUUGUCUGUGUUCAGCACAAAUGCAUCGGAGAAUCAGACUCUAGACGAGAUUCCUGGACCUUCUGGUUUGUCUGUGGAAGAGAAAGCAGAGAUGGAUGUCGAGCCUGAGGGAACGUCUCAGGCGAGUGUUGUUCUUCCUGACAUGGAUGUACAGGCAGAUUUGGGCCUUGGCAUCAAUGUGGAGACAGAAACAUCUAUAGUUGUCGAUAUCCCAGAGGAGCACCAGGAGGAAGGAACAGAGAUACGACUGCAGCCAGAACCCGAACACGAACUAGAAGUUCAACCCCACCGACCGGAGGCCACAGAGUUGGAGGAGGAAGAGAGGGAGGAGACGCAAUCAGAGUUAGAAGCACGGAUAGCCAAGAUCCCCAUUCGACCAAACACGAAGAUCAAUGUCGAGAAUGGGAAAAUUGUCGUGGAGGAGCUGGACACGCCCAAACUUCGGCGGGAGAAAGCAAGGCAGCGGAAAGCGGAAAAGAAGGCGGCAGCGGCAGCAGCAGCAGCAGCGAGCGCAACUGUGCAAGGCGUUCCGACAGCCAAGCUCGAGACUCUUCAAGAUGACGUAUCUGAAUUAUCUGCUCUGAGCGAACUGGAUAGCGAUAGGGAAGAUGAUACUAAUGAGAAGCCUACGACGCAGGGAAAGAAGACCACAUCCAAGGCAGUAGUAUCGCGUCAAUUGCCAGCCAUUCUCAUUACCAAGGGACCGGCGCUUGUUACACCGGGCAAACGGUUAGAAGGUGGCACUCUUGUUUGGGCCAAAGCAGACACGUAUCCAUGGUGGCCCGGAGUUGUUUGGGAACAAGAUGACGCAAAGAUCCCAGAGGACGUCAGGAAGAAGAAGCCUCGAGCGGAGGAUGGUACGCGUUAUCUCGUACAAUUUUGGGACACUACAUCGUCAUGGACAUGGGCCCAUUCGGGCAAUGUGUUAUUAUUGGGUGAGGAACGUGAGGUCGACACUGUUCUACUUGCGCCAAAUUCUGCGUUCCAAAAGUGGAAAUCACACAAGAUUAAGAAACAAUGUCAGGAUGCCUUUCAGUAGGUGCUCUCUUCAUCCCUCAUCUAUUUCACAAGAAAACGUUGCUUGCAGGCGCGCCAUGGCAGAGAUGGAAACAGCCGCAGAUCUGGUUGCUCAUGAAAUAGAAGAAGUCACGACAGAGGUUUCAAUAUCUGGUUCCAUCAAGGGGCAAGGUUCUGCCGAUGUUGAUAUGGCUACGUCAGAUGGGCUCAUUAAUGGGCCUAUCAUCCUCUGAGGCUGCUUUCCGUGCUUAUAUGCGUGCAGACGAAUGUUCAUGUAUGCGAGGGCUAGCUGUAUUAAAUUUAUUUCUU